AUGGUGGGAAGAAAAGCCAAUGCCUGGGCUGCUAGAGACUCCACUGGUCAUCUCUCUCCAUACUCGUUCCAUCUCAGGGAUACAGGAAGCGAAGACGUGGUUUUAAGGGUUUUGUAUUGUGGAAUAGACCACACCGAUCUUCAUCAUAUCAGGGGUGAACUAAUUAGUAAUACUAAGUACCCUAUGAUACCAGGUCAUGAAGUGGUUGGGGAAAUUAUCGAAUUGGGCUCGGAAGUUAAGAAAUUCAGUUUGGGAGAUAUAGUAGGCGUAGGCGGCAUAGUUGGCUCUUGCGGGGAAUGUUCUUUGUGCAAGUCCAAUCUGGAGCAGUACUGCAGUCAAAGAAUUUUACCCUACAAUGAUAUCUACAAAGAUGGAACUCCAACACAGGGAGGAUUCUCUUCAAACAUGGCUGUUCAUCAGAGGUUUGCAGUCAAGAUUCCAGAAAAGCUAUCACCGGAACAGGCAGCACCACUACUAUGUGCUGGGGUGACAGCUUAUAGUCCUCUAAAACAGUGGAAGGGGUGCAAUGAGAAUGUGAAGGGGGGAAUAAUGGGCUUGGGAGGAGUUGGUCAUCUAGGUGUUAAAAUAGCCAAGGCAAUGGGGCAUCAUAUUACUGUUAUAAGCUCUUCUAAUAAGAAAAGAAAGGAAGCAAUGGAAGAUUUGAAUGCAGAUGCUUUUCUAGUGAGUACCGAUGAGGAUGAAAUGAGGACAGCUGCGAACAGCCUCGACUACAUUCUCGACACUGUACCUGUUUUCCACCCACUGCAAUCAUACCUUUCGCUGCUGAAAACACAAGGAAAGUUGAUACUAGUUGGCGCACCCCAACAGCCUCUUGAAAUUCAAGCUGGAGUCAUGAUAGCUGGAAAUAAGACAGUUACAGGAAGUUUCAUCGGAAGCAUGAAAGACGUGCAGGAAUUAUUGGACUUCUGGGCAGGAAAGGGAAUGACGACAAUGAUUGAGGUUGUAAAGAUGUCCUAUGUUAACAAGGCAUUUGAGAGGAUGGAAAAGAAUGAUGUAAGAUACAGCUUUACAGGGGCUGCUGCACAAACUGAUGCCAAAAAUUUCUCGACAAUCUUGCGAGAAAAAAGGAAGAGCACUGCUCAAACUGAUGAUAUUCAGAAUUCAUAA